UUCCCCCCAAAAUCGAAAUUUUCAUCCCAAAAAUCAAAUCCCCCCACCCCCAACCCCAAAUCAUCAACUCCAAACUCCAUCUCCAUCAAAUCCCUCCUCCCCCAAAACUGAGCCUUCUCCUCCCCCGAACGAACCCUAGAACCACGUCCAUCCGCAUCAACCGAACCCCGUCUCAAAUCUGCACUUCAACAAGAUUUGCGGCUUCGUCAUGCAGCACGAUGCCCUCUUCCCCCUCCUCACCGUCAGAGAAACCCUCCGCCCUUUAGCUCGAAAAAAUUCCUUCAUUUUCAAUCUGAAGCUGUCGUCUCCAUGGAUUACCUCAAAGCCCUUGAAGAAGAGAGGAAAAAGAUUUUAGUUUUUGAGAGGGAGCUUCCUCUUAGCCUGCAACUUGUCACCCAAGCGAUUGAGAGCUGCAAGAAGAAGAAACAUGAGGUGGUGGGGAGAGGCGAGGAGAUUGCUAGUGAAGGGCCGAUCUUGGAGGAGUUUAUUCCCUUGAGGCCGAGUUGUUCGUCGUCGGAUGAAGAGAACAACCAUAAAAAUAGCGGGAAUAGUGGUGGGUCUGAUAAGAAGCCGGACUGCAUGAGAUCUGUCCAGCUCUGGAACCAGCAACCUGAGCCUAAAGGAGAUGUAGUCAUGAAGCCGAUUGCUGUAAAUGCGAAGAGGAUAGGAGGAGCAUUUCAUCCUUUUGAGAAGGAGAAGGUUGUCGUUAAGACUCCGGUGGUGGCUGUAGGUCCCGUGAGCUCGACUACUGAGAAUUCCAGUGGAGGAAAUGUGAAGACACAAUGGGAAUGCAGGUUUUAAUCAAAACUAAGAGAUUUCCGAUAAUAUUUACAUGUGCUUAAUUUAAAAUAAAUAUGAUGCCCCCUCAAUAUGCUUUCAAUACAUUUCAAUAAAUGCAUAGUAAUUGAUCCUAGAUAGUUUCCCUAAUGAAUUAUGAAAUGAAAACAAAAUAUAUAAUGGCCUACCUCUUGCCUUUCAAUAAGUUACAAAAAGUGAAUUAUGAAGAGAACAACCAAUUUCUUACAAAGGAUUAACUCUCAACUCUUUGCACGAUGAUGAUUCAUGCUCAGUCCAUGAACCUAAUCAAAGAAACUAGCCUUAUCGUGUGUGCAUUGUGCGUAUGAGCGACACGUACGCUCAGAGAGUAUACUAGUAGAAAAUCAGGUGGGAUUAUUGCUCUUCUGGAUGAGGCUUGGUACAAAUCAAAUUUUAAUUCCGUCUAGAAUAAUCCAUAUUCUACAAAACUCACAGAACUUGAACACUAAGUUUUUUACUCUUCAGGUUAGUGCAUGAGGUCCUUAUUAUCUUCUGAAUUGGAGAAUCUUUUGUCUCCAUCAAGUAGCUAAUUGAUAGUUAUGUUAUUACUUUGAUGUGCUAUUUCUAGUUAAGCGUGUUACAAACUUCGUGAUUUUGUUUUCUGGAGUUUGAAUUGAAGUGUUCUAUGACAUUUCUGGAUGAUAUCUGAUGACAGAUAAGAGCUCCUGCUGCAGAACUGGGUCAUUUCUACAGAAUAUCAAAUUCUGUCACUGUGAUGCAAUUUUCUAGUUUUUUCAUGUCCAGCAAUUGGCUUUUCUAGUUUUCUCAAGGAUUGCUUUGCCUGUUGAACAACGAGAUGGGAUGAAGAACUAUAUAUCUAGCUGAUAUUAUUCUACAGAUACAUUUUGUGGAGUCACAAAUGGCAGAAGCUCUCAAUGUUGGUGUACCAUGGAUUAUGUGUCAACAAGAUGAUGCUCUUCAACCAAUGAUUUAAAAGUUGGGAUUCACUAGAUCCUCACAGGCCCGCAGAGGAUGUAGCUUUUGCUGUUGCUCGAUUUUUCCAAAGAGGAGGAAUUGUGCGUAAUGUUGUGCGAUGGAGCAUAUAGAACCUCUUGUAAAUAAUUUAUGUAAAAGUUUGUAAACAAUUUAUGUAUCUCUCUACUAUUUUGGUGAAUGUAUUAUUUGAAUA